AUGCGUCUGUCGCCGCCGGCGGUGGAGUUCGCGUUGGCGGAUGGGAAGCGGCUGUUCGCGGAGGUGCUACAGGGCGGGACCAUGGAGGUAUUCUUCAACCUCAUCUCCUACUUCCAAACGCAGUCAGAGUCGGCCUUCUGCGGCAUCGCCUCCCUCUCUGUCAUGCUCAAUGCGCUUGCCAUCGACCCCAGGCGGCCGUUGAAGGGGCCCUCGCGAUGGUUCGACGAGUCCAUGCUCGACUGCUGCGAGCCCGUCCACAAUGUCAAGGAUAAGGGCAUCACCUUCGGCAAGGUGGCCUGCCUCGCCCACUGCGCCGGCGUCAGGGUCCAGUCCUUCCGCACCGACCAGACUACCAUCCACGACUUCUGUGCCCACCUCGCGCGUUGCGCCGCCUCCGAGGACUGCCAUCUCAUCUCAUCCUACCACACGAGCCCCUUCAAGGAGACUCGGACUGGCCAUUUCUCGCCCAUCGGCGGCUACGACGCCGAGAAAGACAUGGCGCUCAUCUUGGAUGUGGCGCGCUUCAAGUACCCUCCUCAUUGGGUUCCACUGACGCUUCUCUGGGAUGGCAUGAACAGGACUGAUGAAGCAACGUCCUCGAGACCGCCGCCUCGACCGACAGCGCCGGAGGGGCGGAGGACAAGGAGCGGACAGGGGUCGUGGUGGAGAAGAAGGAGGACGGCGACGUGGAGAUGGGGCCGACGCGCUGCUUCGCCACAGCCCACAUCCCUGCCGCUGCCGGAUUGGCUCGAUCCGGAGACCCAAAUCUGA